AUGGGUAACUGUUGCAGGUCAAAUAAGGAUUCAGCGGAGAAUCGCCCUGUCCCGCAGAAACACCAUGAAUCGGGGGAAUCCUACCAGGUGCCCUCGCGAGAGCAGCUAACUCAGACGUCAUCGCUGCCGUUGUCCGUGUCGUCAGGCACCCCCCCUCACUUGGUAGCAGGUGCCCACAGCGGGGAUCAGGGACGGUGGAUGAUGAUCCAGCUGCCGGCUGAAAAAUCUAUAAGCAAUACCGAGAUUGGAAAAGUGCCUUCAGCUGAAGCAAAAGAGGAACGGGAAGAAGACCGUAUUUCUACUCCUGCGCCGCGCGAACACGGAAAUCAGGAAGAGUUGAGCUCUCAUAGUAAGGAAAAGCCGGCGGACGCAGACCUCUUCAGUAAUCCUGAUGGUGGAAGCAACUAUGGUACUGGAGACGUUCAGUAUUCUACAUCUCCAGAGGUGAUUGGCAGUACGCAAAAGAAGGAAGUUGAUGGCAAGGUGGGGCCGGUAGUUAUAAGGGGGGAAAGCCAUCGCAGCAGCUCCAACAGCAUCUGGAGUGCCACCGAGGAUCAGCAACACGAGACGAGCACAGGUAGGGGAGAAGCUGCGGUUCACUACGCCACCCCUGCUUUCGCAGCGGUACACACGUUACCAAAGAAAAAUGAUAGUGACGAUGACUCAGAAAAUAGAGUUGACAAGGAUGUUUCUCAUGUUGAAGACGAUCGUGUUGGUGCGGCUGAUGACCACAAGACGAAGAAUGAAGAGGGAGAUGUGGUUGUUGCUGCGCAUGUGUCACCCGUCGCUAUGGAUGCUGAGGCGUUGAGAGAAUCGUCUGAAGGGCCGCCACACUCAAAGGCGAGUCAAGAAAAAGAACAAGAUCAACAGCACCACGAGGGGCAGACUGAGGUGAGGAAGGACAGUGAUUCUGAUGACGAGGAGGCACAGCAUCUGCAGGGCGAGGCGAAGGCCGAAGACUCCGCAAAGAAAAGCCGUGACAUCAGCACACUAGCAAGCAUUAUCCACCGUAACUUGGAUAAGGAGCUGCAGCACGGAGACACUCCUCCCGCCGUAGGGGCAAACCCUCCAGUGGGCCUACAGACGCGUGAGAAUGUUGUUGAAUUCGAUGUGGUGUUCACCGACAACGACGAGGACGGAGAGGAAGACGACGACGACGACAGGUGUAAGUCCACCGAGAUCCUUGCCCCGGUAUUCACCGCGGAAGGAGGCGCGGGUCGGAAGACGCCGCAGGAGGCUCUGGUGCGUGUGGCCAGUUGGAGGAGUGAAGAUGUGGUAGAUAGAGUGAGUGGGCACGACGCUGCGAAGGGCCCUGUGGUAGAAGGCGAUGCCAAACAUGUGGAGUGCAUCGACAGUGGCAGUAGUGACGGUGGCAGCGAGCGGCGGCGUCUGACGUCGAUUGUGCAGCGUCCGAAGCCGCCACUGGAGAAGGAAACUAACGUCGCCGACACAGUGAUGCGUAAAAACGAUGAAGUGAUGAUGGGGACAACGAAGGUGGAGGGGGAAGAACACAGUGAGAGUGAAAACGGCCGAGCUUCCACCACGGCAAGCAACAGCAGUCACAAGAAAUCCAAUGGCAAAGGCUCACCUGUUGAACAGAAGUCGGCAGUAGAAAGCGGGGAUGCUCUGUCCCCCCGCCCUCGUCCCGUGCCGAUCAUCUCGCCGCCCCCUGUGACGCCUCAGAGUAAGGACACCGAUGAUGAAGAUGUUGGCGAUCUCCUUUAA